UUACUGAGAGCUCCCCAUUCAUUUCCUCCUGAGUAGUCCACGAAGGAGGAGGGAAACAACAGAGCAAGAGAGAGCGAGUGACUGAGAGUGAGAAAAAGAGAGAGACGAGUCUGACCGCACAGGAAAACAAGACAGACAGAGAAAGAGCAAAUAGGACGCAAUAAGGAUAUCAUUUCUUUAUCUCACGUUCCAAGACUUCAGAAAAGGAUGUUGAUGCUGGACGGGAUGCCUGUCCUGCGAGUCAGAGCAGAACCUGUGCAGAUGCAGCGGAUGUCUCCUGAGAUCCGUAGCUACGCAGACAUGGGCGUGUUGGUGAUGGAAAGACGAUUCCGUACUCAUUCUCCCGAAAAACGAUUCCCAUCAGACCUGUUCCAGACCGAGCCUGUCGACCUUUCAACCAACAGAUCUCGCUCUUCCCCAUCUUCAUCUUCAUCAUCAUCAUUGUCGUCAUCAUCAUUAUCACCAUCCUCAUCACUGCUGCGUUUCUCACCACGCUCCCCUUCAGUCUCCUCCACCAAGUCUCCUUCAUCAUCAUCGUCGUCUUCAUCAUCAUCAUCGUCGUCAUUAUCGUCGUUAUCGCUGCCCUCAACCUCCCCUCCAUCUGUCAUAACUCCAGUGCCACGAUUAAAGAUGUCUCCAUCAAGGGUGGCAUCUCCCCCCUCUAUCAUUCGCAGGGGGCAGCCAUUCCUGCACAUGCCCCAUGUAAUGCCUCCAUGCCCAAGCCCCAUUCACCUGCACCACUGUAGAGUCCCUGUUGUGGUGCAACCUGUGCCUCUGGUCUACCCCGGGGUUGGCUCACUGGGACCUGGAGGUCUCAUGGCACCCAUGUUGGAGGAAAGCAGGAUACAUGGAAAAGUCACACACAGAGUACCAGAUGGACCAUCUCCAAGGCGAACUUUGAGUGACAGCGAGGACGACGACUUGCCCAAUGUGACGUUGGACAGUGUGAAUGAGACUGGCUCUACUGCAUUGACCAUCGCACGUGCUGUACAAGAUCCUAUGUUGCCGUUCACCAUCGAGAGCAUGCGGAGAUCGAGACGGCCAGAGUCUCCUGACACAAAGAAGAGGCGCAUCCACCGCUGUGAGUUUGAGGGCUGCAGUAAGGUUUACACUAAGAGCUCUCACCUCAAAGCCCACAGGAGGACACACACCGGUGAGAAGCCAUAUAAGUGCACAUGGGAAGGCUGUGCAUGGAAGUUUGCACGCUCGGACGAGCUCACACGUCACUACCGCAAGCACACCGGUGUCAAGCCAUUCAAGUGUGGUGACUGCGAGCGCAGCUUCUCCCGCUCAGACCACCUGGCACUCCACCGCCGCCGCCAUGCACUGGUGUGAGGAUGCACACAUACACGUGCAUGCACAAAGACACACACAUACACACACAUAAAGCAGUUUUAUUGGGACAGAGUCGUGAUGAGGCUCGGGAAAGGCUGGACCUUUUCCUGAAUGUGCUCAAGGUAUUAGGAGAUACAUAAAAAUCUGUACAAUACUGUAGAAAUACAGUCGAGUCCUGAAUGAAGAGCAGGAGUGAUGAUCAGUUUUUACUGUUUAUAUCCUGAAAACUACAUUUAUACACCAAUAUAUAUAUUUAUAUCUAUCUAUCUAUACCUGUAAGGAGCUGAUCGUAUUGAUCAUGCACUCAUAUACUAGAAGACAUACAAAGAAUGGAGGAGAAGACAGAAAGAGAGAGAGAGAGAGAGAGAGAGAGAGAGAGAGAGAGAGAGAGAUUAUCAGAUAAUACCAGCACAUAUUGCAGGGCACAUCAAUCAUAAUCAGCAUUUAUAUGUCAUUUCAUUGUAAAUUUUAAACGCAACUUCAUGAGUAUUACACCAGUUUGUUUUAGCCAGUAAGAAAAACCUUAAUGUAUAUCGCUGUAUUUGUUAUGUUUUGUUGUUGUUUUUUUUACUGUGAAAGGGCAGAGAUACAAAAUCUAAUUUGAGAUCACUUCUCCAAACUAUUCAUUUGUUUCUCAAGCAUGUAUGAUAAGGAGGUCAAUGGUCAGAGAUUUCAUUCGAAAUAAAAACAUACAGAGCCUGUCAAACGUUUGCAAAGUCUUUUUCUGGUUUUGGAGAGACACAUGCAUGUUCCUUUUGUUUCUAUGCAACAAACUCGGUCAUUUAGAAUUAUGAAAAUGUACUUUGACCAAACAUAUAAAUAGUCAGAUGUUCCUCUUUCUUUUUUAUCAAAAAUUCCUCCCUUAGCAUAACAUCUAUACACACUCUCAGCAUCUGGACAGUUCAUUUCUCCAAACGUUCAACUGAAAUACAUCUUGCCAAAGGUGUUCUUCAUUAAUUGGAGAUUUCUUUCUGACCUUGUGAUCCAGUUCAUCCCAGAGCAGUUCAAUAGGAUUUAGGUGUGAUGAUGAUAGAUAACACUCCAGACAACUGCUUGCUCUCUAAAUAACACUUACAGGACUUAGACAUACUCAUCAGCUCUUGUUGUGAAUUCGGUUCCAAUAAGCCGCAGUCCAGUCGAAUUGCAUGCUGUUAAAGUGUGGAAUGGUUGCCAUGUUGGUUCCUUUCACUUUCUGGAAUAAGUCUCCAACAUUCCCUGGUCCAAAACAACCCCAAAUCAUUAAGUGUCCACCUCCAUGUUUGACUGUGUGGGUGAGAUAGUCUA